AUGUAUGAAGAUCGAAACUUCAGUAAGAGAGCGCUCCCAGUAAAGGGAGGAGGAAGGAAACGUCUCUUCUAACCACAGGGAUUGACAAGUUAAAUUUUCUUUAGUGGAUGACGAGGAGACAUGUUACUCAUGUCCAUGUCUGACUUCAAUGAUGCCUUGUAUGGCAAAUGGUGCUAGUACUUACAUUGCAGUUCAGUAGCUCUUAUCACGGACACUCGAAAAAGUCAUUGUGUGUUUACUUGCCACAACCAACGAUGUCGUCGGCCCCAGCAGAGCCGCCCAGUGUGCCGCGGCGGGAGGGUAGCGCGCCCUGCAGCAGCUGUAGUGAAGCGAGGCGCUGGAAGCUGCAGCUGGUGACUAUCGUGGGCCUCCUGAUGGCUCAGACAUUAUUGUACUACAACGACAGCGCUUUCUAUGACGCUCAUCGCUGGUCCGUUCUGCCCAGCUCCCCAUUACGAUUAAGAUGGUUCAGUGAUAAUUCUACGACACAAUCAUUCGCCUACUCGCUCAGCCUCGGCGGCGGCGGCGGAAACAACACACACCAUGACACCAGUCCUCCGUGCACGCUCAACCUCCCCAGCCUGAAGGGGCGGGUACAAGUCAACAGGAACCCUCCCAGCCUGAAGGAGCAGGAGCGCGAGCACCCUGAGCUCACUCUCGGAGGAUAUUACCAGCCUGAGAACUGCACGGCGCGGCACAAGGUGGCCAUCAUCAUCCCUUACCGGAACCGUGCGAAUCACCUGACGGCCUUCGUCCACCACAUGCACCCCUUCCUGCAGCGGCAGCAGCUCGAGUACGCCAUUUAUGUGGUGGAGCAGGCAGGUAACGAUUCGUUCAACCGAGGAAUGCUGAUGAAUGUGGGUGUCCUGGAAGCUCUAAAGCAGCACCCCUUUGACUGUCUGUUGCUCCACGACGUAGACCUUGUGCCAGAAGAUGUCCGCAACCUUUACACCUGUUCCGAGCCUCCCAGACACAUGUCCGUCGCCAUGAGCACCUAUAAUUACAGACUGCCGUAUCAGAAAUACUUUGGAGGCGUGUCUGCCAUGACGCCGGAGCAGUACACCGCCAUCAACGGGUUCAGUAACAAGUUCUGGGGUUGGGGCGGCGAGGACGACGACUUGUUUAACCGCGUCAGACAUCACGGCCUCAACGUGUCUCGCUACCCCAGCGAGGUGGCUCGCUACACCAUGCUGUCCCACAAGAAGGAGAAACCCAGCCCUGACAGAUACACAAACCUCCGUCUGGGUAAGCGGAGGUUCAAGAAGGACGGCCUGAACAGCGUCAAGUACCAAAUACUGAAGACUGAGCGGAGGCGACUGAUUACGUUGCUGUUCGUGGCUCUGGCUCGCACUUGACAUUGGCCCGCCCUUCAUGCUUUUACUGGCUGUUAGUUUGGACUCGGAGCGAUGGAGGGGAUACGUGUCAUCGUUAUAAACAUCAGGCAGGCUUCUGUCUGCCACCAUUACUGCCUGCCUUUACAUGUUUAAUGCUGAACAAAGACAUAACCAGUUUUGUACUAUAUUCUGCCAAGUUGUACCAUCAAAAAUGUUAGGUCUUAUUUUUUCAUUUCUGCUUUUGUCCAUCCCACCACAUGUGCAGUGCAGCCAAACAGCGCUCGCACAGCUCAUAGGUCCUUGCCACGAAUCCCAGUAACUGCUAUGGAAUACUUCAGAAUAUCUUUUUUCACUUAUUUCCGCUUUAUUUGUUUAAUAUUAUUUAUUUAUUUUAUUUUAUUUUAUUAUUUUAUUUUAUUUUAUUUUAUUUUUUUUUUUUUACUGUCCUUUCUCGCAAUUAAAUAUUUCAGAAUUAU